AUGCAGUUACUUGCCCUCGUCGCACUUCUUCCUAUGGCCUUUGUUGCCGCUGCUCCCACUUCUGUUGAGGAACGUCAGGUGGCUUCAGGAUGCUAUCCUUUCGAGGAUCCAGAUUGUGGCAUUGACUAUGCUGUAUGCCAAUGCGCAAACGGCUGGUUUUAUGAAUUCGACAUAGACGCGAGCAAUGGCAACUACUGCAACCCGCCAUGGGGCUUUCUUGCGACAAGUGAAGCGCAACUGGGAGGCUACUCUUGCUAA